AUGAUCUAGCUCCAAAUCUCAAAGAUUUUAUUGGAAAUGGGGAAAGAUUUAGAGACCUAAUGUACAGAUGGCAUAUUUAGUGGAAAAUUUUUAUUCAUCAAUACAACACCUGAUGGUGAACUUUUCGGAUCAGGAGAUCCAGAGAAGAUUGAUUUAACAAUGUACAUUGAGUCUGCUGAGUUAUCUGAGAAGCAUGCUGAAAUUAAAUUCGUUGAUAACUGUAAAUACGUCCUUAGAGAUUGCGGAAGUGAAUCAGGAACUUGGGUUAGAGUAAAAGAGAUAGAUUUGUAUCAAUAGAGUCGAAAAAGAGUCUUUAAAGUGAAGGACUAUCAUUUCCAGAUAGAAGAGAGCUCUGAGUACUUCGACGAGGUAGGAAAUUGGUUACGCAGGUAUGGUUUUUACAAGUAUAAUGACCUCUGCAAGUAAAAAGGAAUAGUACAACUAAAAGAGCUAUCUCAAAAAUUGACUAGGGCAGAUAUUAGAAAAAAAUAAACCUCAAGGAAAAAGUUACUCAUAUUGAAAUUUAUCAAAGGACCAAUUAUAUAAGGUGUAUAAGCUAGGGAAAUACCUCUGUUAGGGGACAGGCCCCUAGUGUUUGGUUGCAAGGAAGGCAAAGAUGUGAAAUACGUACUUACUGGCGAUAGAAUCGUAGAUAGACAUUUUGAAAUUUGUUUUGAUAAUAACACAUUAGUUAUGAGGACUCUGAAUUUCAACUGCUGGGAUUCUUGUGGUGUAUAUAGAAGGCUCUUUGAUCUCGAAAGUUAUAUUUUAAGACCUGGACAUGCAUUUAGAAUAGGUACUCUUGAAUUCCUAGUUGAGAGAUACAACACUGGAAUCGUGAGUGAUAUAGGUUAGAGGCCACACAUGGAAGACUCCUAUUGCAUAGUCUAAGAUAUGGUAAUAGAUGAAGAGACAUCUGUAACUUAUUAUGCUGUUUUCGAUGGACAUGGUGGGCCAGAUUGUGCAAACUAUUUAAGAGAUAAUCUUCAUCUUGAAAUUAAGAAAUGCUUCCUAGAUAAUAUAGAUGGUAUCAAGGAAUCAGAAGACCUUAAUGAAUCUCUUGUCAACUGCAUUUAUAGAGCCUUUGAGGAGACUGACAUGAAGUAUAAAUAAAUAUUCCCUACUGUUGCUAAUCAAUGUGGAGCAACUGCUGUAGUUUGCCUAAUUUUAGGAAAUAAAUUAGUCUGUGCUAAUGUUGGUGAUGCAAGAGCAAUUUUAUGCAGAAAUGGUAAAGCAAUUGAUCUCUCAGUCGAUCACAAAGCUGAGAGAAUCAGAAAGUAAGGAGGGUAUAUCGUGUUUGGAAGAGUUUUAGGAAGAUUAGCAGUAACAAGAGCUUUUGGAGAUUUUGACUGUAAAAACAUAGAAGUUCCAAAUGACGAUUAGGAGAAAGAAAUUAAAAGUUUUGUUUUAAAUGAACCUGAGGUAAUUUACCAUUUUAUACUACUGGCUUCAGACGGACUUUUUGAUAGAUUUUCGAGUUAAGAAUGUGUAAACAUUGCAAGGGAAAAGCUAACUUAAAUGGCGGUGAUGGAAUAAGAUCCACAAAAGGUAGCAAGAGAAUUGGUGAACGAGGCAAUAUAUAAGAGACUGAUAACAGACAACAUUACAGUAAUUUUAGCUACCUUAAACAGAGGUAUUGACACUUCUCUGGAGGGAAUGAUUGCCUCUGCUAAUCAAACAUUUUAGUGA